AUGAUGGCUUGGCUCCAGCUGAGGACUAUGGGGCUUGUGGCCAUGAUGGCCUUGUCCGUCUCUCUCGCUGAAGAUUCUGGCCUACCAGUGGUGGAAGCAGAGCAGCGAGGCCCUGUCGAGAUUGUAAAAAAGGAGUCCCAUCCUGUCCUGUUCAGGCAGAAGAGAGAGUGGAUCUGGAACUCUCUCUACGUGAUAGAGGAGCAACCUGCAUCCAGGGCCUACAAGAUAGGACAGCUAAGGUCGAGCCAGAGGGCAGAGGUGAAGAAAUUUAAAAUAGAAGGUGAAGGAGCAAACACCAUCUUCACUGUGGAUCAUAAAGGAGACCUGUUUGUCACCACAACUCUGGACAGGGAGAAGAAGAACGCGUACCAUUUGACCGCCAGGAUGUAUGAUGGGAACAACAAGUUGAUAGAGGAUUCUGGAGACUUUGUUGUCCAGGUGACGGAUAUCAAUGACAACACCCCAGUUUUCCCCAGAACAUAUAAUGGAUCCAUUAUGGAAAGGUCCACCAUAGGAACUAAAGUAGUUGAAGUAAGAGCAACCGAUGCUGAUGACCCUACCACUGCUAACGGAGAGCUCAGGUACUCUUUGGCCCAAGAUGUAGACUCGUUAAGCUUUGAAAUCGACAGCAUCACAGGUGUGAUCAGCUGCAAGACAAACACUCUGGACCGGGAAACCAAGAGUCAGUAUGUAGUGGUGGUUAAAGCUCAGGACAUGAGAGGAAUGGCCACUGGAAGCACAGCCACCACCUCUGUCACCAUCACCAUCACUGACACCAACGACAACAUAGCUUCUUUCACCCGAAAGACAUAUGAAUUGCACGUUCCAGAGGAUCACAAGUUGAAUGAGAAGAUAGGCACUCUGGAGUUGGAGGACAGAGAUCAGAUUCAGAACAAAGAGCCAAUCUUCAAAAUUCUAAAUGGAAACAUCAACGUUUUUAACAUUGAACUCAGCCCGAACAAGGAUGGCAACCUCAUGCUCAAACAGGCUCUGGACUACGAGACAACAAACAGCUACACUUUCACUGUCCAGGUGAAAGAAAACCUGCCUUUUACCGCUGACAAUGAGAAGACUGCUCUCACCACAGCUGAGGUAAACAUCAAGGUGCUGGAUGUAGACGAGGCACCGGUCUUCUCCCAGCCCAUCUACACUUUCAAUGCGACGGAAGAACGCAUUGUGAGCAACAUAGGAAAAGUCAUAGCCAGAGAUCCUGACAGAGCCAGCAAGAGCAUACGGUACUCCAUCUUAGACAAGGACUGUCCUAUUGGUAUCAACCCGCUCACAGGUCAGCUGUUCACCCUGAGGAUGCUGGACAGAGAGCUGGAGGCCACCCACAUGUUUCAAGUAAAAGCACAGGAGGAGCCAAGUGGUUUGGAGUCAUUUGUGAAAGUUAACAUCAUAGUUCAGGACAUCAAUGACAACAAGCCUGAACUGACUGUGGAUGAGAUCUUCGUAUGUGAGAACGACCUCACUAAUACGGUAAUUGGAACCUUGAGAGCCACAGAUAAAGACGACCAGCCAGCUUCCUUCAGUUUCAGCCUGGCCAGUGAGAGCUCCAACUUCUCCAUCAAAGACUAUGGCAACAGCACAGCAGACAUCAUGGUGAAACAGGGGCCGUUCAGCCUGGAUGACCCCAAGGAUUACAGCAUGGAUGUGCGCAUCAGUGACGGAGGGCGACCCAUCCAGACCAGCAUCACCAAACUGGCAAUCAAGUCGUGUCGGUGUGAUGCCAGGCGGAUUCCUACGCAGUGCAAAGCCGGUGCUCGGAGGAUGGGAGUGAGUGUUCAUGCCCUGAUAGCCAUUCUGCUUUGCAUACUGACCAUACUGGUCAUAGUGAUUCUGUUUGUGAUGAGGAAGCGCUACCAGAAGGACUCUCUGGCCAGUAUGAAGAACAGCGGGGAGAUUCACGAGCAGCUGGUCACAUACGAUGAGGAGGGAGGAGGAGAGAUGGACACUAAUGGCUACGAUGUUUCAAUCCUCACUUCCGCUUGCCACGAUGGCUCCCUGCUCCGUCACCCGGACCACCACCCCCACCCCUCUCUCUAUGCCAUGGUGCAGAAACCCCCCCACCACGCACAACCCACCGCAUGUAAGGGCGACAUGGCCGUGAUGAUCGAGGUGAAGAAAGAUGAGGCGGAUCACGACAGAGACGGCUUCCCGUACGACACUCUCCACAUCUACGGCUACGAGGGACCGGAGUCUUUAGCCGGAAGCCUUAGCUCGCUGCAAAGUUCUUCCACCGGUUCCAACUUGGAUUACGACUUCCUGAACGACUGGGGGCCGAGGUUCAGGACCCUGGCCGAGCUGUACGGUGUGGAUGCACCUGACUACUACCAUCAAUACUGAUGGAAACCGUCCGCUAAUAAGCAUAUAUGAAGCCAAAACACACGUCAAAAACAGCCAUAAAAAUACACUCACACACACACAGCCAUACGCAUGCAGAAAAAAUAUACACAUUCAACACUCAUAGAACCAGGCUUUGAUGCGGUCCAUUUUGUUUCUUUCUAAGAGCUUCAGUAUUAUUUUUUGUUUUUGAUGACAUGCUGUCCUUUGACUCCUCCUCCUCCAAGGGAAUGUUGGAAAGAUUUUUAAAGUGACACCAGGACAUGAUGCCAUUUACAAAAUGAAGGUGACAGUGCAAGGUUCACACCGUGAGGAUGCUUUUUAUUUCCAUCACAGUUUUGUGUUGUUUGACGUCAUAACCCUUAUAUUCCACCUGAGAAGAUCUGCAAGUCCAGUCAGAUGACGCUCCAAGGCAGGCCAAUAAGAGUUUAUCUUGGAUAACUGAUGGGUUAAUCAGGUCACUGCUGGCCAGCAAUGUUGCGCAGUUAUCCAAAUUAUUUUCCCUUUUGCAUUCAGUCGCUAUUCCUUUACGCAGCACCACUUUGCAUCCCCUUUUAACCAUCAGUGGCUUUUUUGCAGAUUAAUAUUUGUAUCCUAUCAUUUUUUUUUCAUUCUAAGCACCUAUAUUCAUCUAUAUAUACACCUACCAAUGAUGCAUAUUUCUAACUAAAUUUGGACAACUAUAAAUGGACACAAGUCCUACAUUGACCACAAAAACAAUAUUCUAAAACUAUGCAUUAUUAAAUUAGCUAUAAAAUAUUAGAAUGAAUGACAUUUUAAUAAAUGGAAGUUUUAAUGCUAUAGUGCAUAGUUUCUGUCGCCCCCAUGAGGAAUUCUAAGUAAUGACAACAAAACUGUUGGCGCGUCAACAUGAUACAAGCCUUCUGUGAUCGCCCAUAACCCCACUCAGCCUCCAUACAGUUGCUAGUAGCCAAGGAGGACACGGAGGAUUAAAAAAACAUGAUGGACUCUUCAGAAGAGGUCAUUAUCUUCAGUCAAGUUUCUGCUCGCGAAAGUCGCUGGACGACACAAUCUUCUGAACAUAGCCAUACUGAGAAAUACAGAGAGAGUUGUGUGGAGCUGAUUAGCUUAGUAGCAACUCAUUUGGCAAUGGCUUGAAUGUAAUGGACGUUCAUUAAUAUCAAAAAGUUACACACUAAAGCCAAACAACUCCUUGUUGAUUUGAGAUUUUUGCCACUUUUCUGUCUUACUCUUCUCUUUGGUAUGAAUGACCUGUAAUCUCUUCGAUCUUUGAUGUUUUUUAUAUUUGACAAAAGGGCCGUAAACACGGCAAGAACAAGGUGAUUUUAGUUUUGAUCUGAAGUUAAUGAUUUGAUUUGCAAAUAUGAUCGCUUGAGAGGUUUAUUGUUUGAACUGAAAAACUGAGCAGCCACAAGAGUUUUGACUCAAAGACUUUUGAAGUGUUUGAUCACAGCGAGAUGCCAGUUGUGUUCGCUUUAUCUGAAAUACUAAAAAGGGUCAUUUUUAGGGAAAGUUCUAGGCUGGAAAACUCACGCCAUUCAUUGAGGUUUUUCGUGAUAUGCAUUUCCCUUAAUGCAAUUUUGCAGCAAUUUUUGACAUAACGUCAAUUGUAAGUAAAAGCUGCACCGAAAGUUCCUGAUAUUGAUCAUUCUUGCAGUUUUCCAAAGCAGAAAUCUAAAAAGAAAAAUCCCCCUUCCCUCUUUUUGUUUUCUGAAACCAACCAUCCGAUAUGAAUGAGUCAUGAGUCAUUUUGUCCAUUUUCUCUGUUAUCUUCUACUCUGAGGAGAGAAAAGACAACAGACAGAAAGACAGACUGAAAGGAAAUGGCACUACUGCUGCUCAGACAGAAUUACAGCAUGCUCCCAGGUUUUAUUUGACAGAACCUAUCAUCACAGUUAUUGUUGAGAUGAAAGCCCAAUUCUCAGAGGCCUCCUAGAACAAAAGUCAUUCAGACUCCGGAAACACCGAGUGGCCAAAGCAGCCAAUUGGGCCGUUGUGAUGGCUCUGAGGUGGCUUGAAUAACUUUAACCUUGCAUCCUUUUUGGCUACUGUCAGGUCACAAACUCUCUGAUCUUGACAAUCUUAAAAUGAUUUUUAGCAUAUUUACAGAAACAAUUUUUUUUUUAUAACUCUAUGACUUUUUGUAGAUUAGGGCUGCAAAUUACUGAUUAUUUUCUUGAAUAUUUGAUUAAUUGUUUUAUCUAUGAAAUGUCCAAACAUGUGAAAAACCCCAUAACUAUUUCCAAGGUGAGGCCAUAGAGCUUAAGAUGCUGGCUUUCCUUGAGUAUACAAAUAUAUAAAAAUAUAAAACCCAAAGUACUCAAUUUACAAUUAUAUAAUUGAGAAAGAAAGCAGCAAACCUCAAAUGUAAGAAGCUGGAGCCUGCAAAAUGUUUGAGGAUGUGGCUUGAGAAGUGACGAAAACACUUAUCGAUUAAAUUAAAAAUAGUUAAUAGUAAUUCAUCUUGCUGGUUGACUAAUUGUUUGUAGCUCUAGCGUGGUGUUAUCCCUUACAUAGAUCAUUUUUGUAAUUCACUUGGGUUGCCAGGUUGUUGGUGCCCAUUAAGUAAGAGUUCCCUUUUGUGGGUGUGUGGUAUAUCCUCUGAUAAUGUGGGAUAUACUGUAUAUUCGCAAAUAACUAUUUAUCAGUGACUCAGUAGCAUUUAAACAAUAACUCCAGACAUGUUGGCUUAUUGUCUAAAUGAAGGCUCUGAAGAUAAAUCAAGAAGUCAUUUAUAAAAAGUCAUAAAGGUAAAAGGCCACUCAUUGUCCGUAGUGACAACUUAUAAAUCAGUUUGUGUAACUAUAACGUGUUGUCCAUUCUCUUUAAAACAGUCCAGUUGACAAUGCAAUACACAGAUACAUUGUGCUAAAGACGCCGCCACAUAUACUCAAGGCAGUCCCUUUGUUUAGUUUUUUUGGUAAUUUCAUUCCAGUUUAGAGAAUAUAGUUUAUUUAUUCUCCUGUUUAUUCUGUUUUGUUUGGACUUAAAGUUGUUUCUUUAAAACUCUGGCCUCCUUGGAAUGCCGUUUGAUAAACGGAGAAUACAAUAGCUGGAAGUCCUCUCAAUGCUUUCCUGUUGGGUUCAUAUAUAUAUAUAUAUAUAUAUAUAUAUAUACUUAGAGCAGCUAGUUCCUCCACAUCACUCUCAGUCUUUCUCUCGUUCUCCGGCUCCCCUUGUUUGCCGCCCCGUAUCUCUCCCAUACCGCCCCUCUCUCUCCGUCCUCUAAUCAGCUAAACCAAACAGUGGAGUCAACUUCCUGUCCAUCUGGGGGGUUGCUCCCGCCCCUUCCUGUCUGUGUUAUCUCUCCCGCGAGGCAACACAUUGUGCUCACUUCCCGUUAGCCCGGCCUGGGAAACAACCUUGGAGAGGAAAAGGGAGCGAGGCAAGGAGAAACAUGGGAGGACAAGAAACAAGAAAGAUGAGGAGAACAAUGUAGAGCAGUAAUGUUUUCCAGCUGGGCAGAAACACUUGAGAGCAAAGAUGUGUGUGUGCGUGUGUGUGUGUGUGUGUGUGUGUGUGUGUGUGUGUGAUUAAACAUUGAGACACAUCACACAUGCCAAGUGGUGUUAACAUCCUGUUAUCCCGGCAUCUUUCUGAAGACAACUUUUGAAAAACUUGGAAAGUCUCUUUUUACUGUUGAAGACAUUUCCAAAAUCCAACCCAAGAUAAAGAUGAUUUUAAACUGGUUUUAAAGCCAUGUUUAACAUUCAUUGGACACUUUUCUGGCUGCCAUCUUUGUUUGUGUUUUUAAUUCAUCCUUUAUUCAAGCAGAAAUGUCCCAUUGAGAUACACUAUCUCUACUGUCAGGAGUACUGGUCAAGAUGGGCAGCAAAAUAAAAGAUUUCACAAGUACAAACAGGGACAGAAACCAUACUGAAACACAACGGACACAAAACAUACAGCUAAAAAGAAUAAUGGCAAAUACUGGCACCUGUUACAAGCAAUAUUGUUCCGUAAAAACUGACUUUAAAGUAUUUUUAAACAUGUCUAGAGAGGGUAAAGAUUCCAAGUUAGGUAUGCCUCGCAGUUUAUUCCGAGCUUUCUGGCCGUGAAAUGAAAAGGCAGAUCUGUUUGGGUCAAAGAAUCGAGACCCACAUUGUGAAUCUCAUUUGUCCGUACGAUAUCGCCAUUAUCGAAAUUGCACUUUUUUAUUUUUUUAAUUACUGGGUAUGUGAACAAAAUAAUGGGGGUUGUUGAAAUCAGCACCUGUAGCAGAAAGAGAUGCUCCAUUAUACUUUCCGAACAGCAAUAAGUGUUGUGUGUACUUAGGGUGAGAACAGCUGAGACAUUUGGAGAGGUAGAUGGGUACAACAACAAUUUUGGCCAGCAGUGUUUUCACUUUCUAGUUCUGUCCCCAAAAAAAAUGUCUAUGUCGAAAAUAGUCCUUAAUCGAAAACAUCAAUCAAACUCAUCCAAAACAUGAAGCAUGUGGUCAGACAAGGACUAUUGUUGCAUUAUUCCUUUAAAAAAGUGUGGUAUUUGUUUUUAUUUUGUAAUGACUUGGAACUGUGUUCCUUACAGUUCAACAUGUAAAACACAGUGAUUUCAGGCUGCCAUUUUCAUCCACUAAUUACCUCCGCCCAGGAGUUUGUUGGUUUGUUUGUCUGUCAGCAGGAAUAUGGAAAAAAAAAACUAGUGGCCGGAUUUUCAUGAAACUUGGUGGAAGGGUAUAGCAUGUGCAGAUCUGAAUCACGGGGCCGAUACACAAAUUAUUUUUAACUUUCGUUAACAUCUCUAGUGUUUGUGCUGCAUUCAUGUGAAUAAUCAAAAACACGAGUUCCCGUCUGGGAAAAUUCACACUGCAUAAACAUUGUGAGAUAGGGCAUGUCUUGGCUGAAGUCUGCACUCUCUGAGUGCCCUACUAGUUUCUAGUAAUUUAUGGUCAUCAGAUAUUGAAAACAUUACUAAAUUCAUGAGGAUUUCUGUUUUCUCUUUGCCAUCAUCAUUGUGCAUUGUGCAUAAAAAAAUCCGCCAUGCAACAGUGAUUCCAUUUUGUCAGGUUGAGUUAUUUAAAUCCUAAAAAGUGCAAUUUUAUUUUUAUUUGUUGUCCAUCAAUGGUUGUGUGAGAGCAUCUGUCUCCUCUAUCAAACAGUGAAUCACGUUGGAUCCGGACAGUGAAAAUAAAUCUCUCAGGUUGAGAUCCAGGAAAAAAAUAAAGUUUUUCACCUUUUAUGUCAAAAAACAAACACCCCGUAUUGUAUGUAUUAAUACACUAGCUUCAAAAACCAGACCUUUAAGUGAUUUAGCUUUCAUCUGUGUAUCCCAUGUGUUAUUGAGGGAGUGUUCUUUGAGUGAAAUGUAUAUAGAAAAAAAAUGUGCCUAAGUGAUUUCUGGCCUCACCUUGUUUUUUUUUUAGCCUAUGUUACUGUUUUAGAAGAUGUUAAACUUGACACAAUCUGUUUUUAUUGCUGUAAAAA